GAGAGCGGUAUGUGACGUCAUUGGCAGUUCCGAAAUUGGGCGGGGCAAAGGGCAACCGGACGGUUAAUUUCAACUUCACAACAAAGUUCGUGUGUCAGCCGAGUUUUACUUCGGCUCAGAAUACUCAUCGGGAAAGUCGGCGUGUCUCAUUAUGAGGCACACGAGGCCAGCGGGGUCCAAAUGUAAUGGGCACACUUAAGAAGAGAUGGCUUUUGUCCAUCUUUCUGAUUGACUUGUUCAGUUGUUUUUCUCCACUAGCCUUUCCAGGUCCUCCUGCACAUCCCUCCCCUCCUGACUGCUAUAUCCCAUGUGAUGACAAAACGUGUUUAGCACGUAUCUACUGUACAUGGGAUACAAGGCAGGAACCACAGAUUCAUACUUACUACAGUCUGCACUGGGAACAAGCAAAUAGACAGGAAGCGAAUGUGAGCACUGGGACCAAUUCAAGUGGGUUCAUCCAUCGUGAACACUUUUUCAACCAUGGUGAACUUCGUGUUUGGGUCGAGGCUAAAAACCAGUAUGGUUCUUCCAAAUCUAAUAAAUCUGAAUUCAAGACAACAGAGAUCAUCAAGCCACCCCCUCCUAAUGUUACAUCGCACCAUCAUGAGUCGAGUAUAGAGAUUAACUGGAAUUCCGUCUGUGAUUACCCACACCUGCAGCUCUCUUUGGAACACUGUGCUGUCCGACAUCGGACUGAGGCAGACCAAGCCUGGCCUGAGGCAGAGGAUGGCUUCCAUGGCACCUAUACACUCGACGAUCCACUGCCCUGCACAGACUAUGAAUUUCAAGUUUGCUGUGCCUGUAUGGAAAGCUUGAUGAGCAGCUGGAGUGCAAUCCACAGAGUACAAGGCACAGAGAGGACCCCUGUUGGAGAGCUGGAUGCAUGGAGGGAUUGUGGGACAUUUCCUGCGAGCUCUGACUGUCAUCUGAUCUGGAAGAGGCUUCCUAAGUCUCAGGCUUGUGGUCACAUUCUGGGAUAUGAAGUCAGACUGUCUUACAAUAACAGCACCACGGUGUUAGUGAAUGUGUCCACAGCUGAGCCAAGGGGCCAGUUAGCAUGUAAAGAGAUGCAAUGCCACUUCAAUUCCUCUCUAAAGGAUGCAUCAUCAGUCAGUGUUUCAGCCUACAAUGCUCGCGGUGCCACAGUGCCUUCUCACCUUGCUCUGGCACUACCAGGUGAAGAGAAAAAUGAGCAAGCUUUGUUCCUCGAGAUGAAUAAAGAGAACCUCACUGUGUCCUGGGAUCUCCAGUCUCAGCUCUCGGACACCCUGAAGGAAUAUGUUGUACAAUACAAACAAGCAGGAUGUGACCCGGGUCAAGCAUUUGAUUGGGUCAAAGUGACCAAAAACCAAACCACAGCAUUUUUUAAAGGUCAAUUUAAGAAUUACACAACCUACCAAGUGUCACUGUUCGCAGUAUCGUACCACAAUGAAGUCCGUCACCUUCUAUCAGCUAUUGGAUAUUCUCUUCAAACAACCCCUCCCUCAGUGCCAUCAUUUCAGGUGUUUUCCAUUGCUGACACUCAUGUGACCCUGCUGUGGGACCCCAUUCCCCUCUUCAAGCAGAGAGGAGUAAUCCUUUACUACCAAAUAGGACUAGACACACAUAAAGUGUACAACGUGAGUGCAUUCCCACAGCAUGAAAACAAGACUUUUCAGCUGAAGAGUCUCACUCCAGGACAGGAGUAUGAAGUGUGGAUAAAAGCUGUGACGGAAGCCGGGCCUGGAGAAAUUGCCACAGCGAGGUUCAAAACGACGCUCAAUGAAUCUUUUGCAUAUUUUCGAUUGGUUGGGAUAAUGUUUCUGCUUUUAAUAUGUGUUCCUUGUUUAUUCUGUGUUUACUUUGGAAGAAACAAAUUGUGGUCACUGGUGCCUCUAUGUUAUAGUGAUAAAGUGCCAGAUCCCCGAAAUAGCCACAUUUUCAGAGAGAUGAAGCUCCAGAUCAGUGACUCAACGAUGACUUGGAUAUGCGGCCAUGUCUAUGAGCCACAUCCAAAGAUGUCUCUGUUGGAGAUUGUUGAAAUCCAGCCCUUGGCUUCCAAGUCCUCCCUGGAAAAAAUCUCAGAGGCCGACGGAAUAACUUGGCCAGCGCUCGGAGAUGGGAGCUCACAGAUGGACUUCCAAGAUGAUCAGAGUGAGGAUGCUGGCACAGAGGUGUGCCAUAGGACAAACCACAAAUGUGGAACAGAAGCAUACAGUAAAAUAGUUGACUCAGAUGAGGAGAGGGACACUGAGGAUCAUUUGAGCUCAUCAGAAGAAGAACAGUGCACAUCAGGUUAUGAAAAGCACUUCAUGCCCACAGUUUCGGAAAUACUGGAAGUUUCAUGACUCAUGGACAUUCUGAAAUGUUUUUUUUAAAUGUGUGGAAAAUUUCCAGAUGAUGGCCAUCCAGGCAGGCUUCUUUAGCUUCUCUCUGCAGGACUCUGAUGAGUGGACUCACGUCAUGGGAUAGAUUUAUCUACUGAAACUAAUGUCAGCUAGUCCCACUCUCUACUUUGGCUUUCGCCCUUUUGUUUGUUUAUUUUGCUUUUACUACAUUUCAUUAUUAUUUGUUUGACUGUAUGGUGUUCACAUUUCCUCUUUUGGUUACAACUUGUGCACUCUCCCAUUUUUGUCUUAGGCCUUGUCUUUUGUCUUAUACUGAGCCUGGUUGUGAGAAUAUAAACAAAGAGUAGUAUUUUAAGGAAGAAAAGCAACUUAAACUCACCAAUAAAUUGGCAAUUUAUUGGUUGUGGAGUAUAUUGUCUUUUUAAUCUACAUAUUGACUCAAACUAGAGCUCCAAUAUAAGCUACACAGAGUCAGGAAUUAUUUGUCCCUGAAGGUAAUAGCACCUGCUCACAUGUAUAAGCAUGAGGGGAAACAAAAUACCAAAUGCUGAAUGUUAGUUAUUUUACACGCCGACACUCAGAUGAGCUUGUGAAUGUGUACAUCUGUAAGUCAGAAAUAAUCUGAGAAUUUCUAUUUUGUUGCCAUAUCCCUCAUUUGGGCAAAUUGUCCACAUCUAUGUGUGUGUAUAUAUAUUUUAACCCUUAAAUGUUUUUUAUAUGGCAACAUAUAAUGCAACUGUCAUAUAUCAUUAAAUAAACAUUUUUAUAAGGGUCUCUUAAAA